AUGCUUAUGUAAACUCAUGAAUAAGUAGCCAAUUAUUAUUAAACUAGAGUGAAGCAAUGCAUUUCUGAUGAAUAAAUUUAAAAUAAAUACAGUAAGUUCACCUAUGUCAAUACUAAAACAGCAAAUUAUAAGCCUUUCUCUGAAUAUGUCACUAAGAUCAAUGACAUCAAAAAUAAUCCUUAAUUGUAAUAAGAAAUAUGCAAUUAGAUGUUUUUAGAAAUCAAACAUAUUUCCUCCUAAAUCUUUGUGGCUUGGUAUCAAUUUGUUGAUGCCUAUAAUUUUAUGGCUUCAGCCUUAACUAAUAAAUUAGAGCAGGAAUAUUUACAGAAGAUUAAGGAAAGGUGGGGUGAAAGUAUAUUCUAGCAUAUUUAAACUGUUGACGAUCUCUCUUUUUAAGAUACCUAAUCAGGGAAGAACCAUAAAUAAAUGGCAUAGCAAUAUCGAAAUAACAAUUACUAUAAACAAUUAGAACCAUUAAAUAUUGAAGAUCUUGAUUUAUUUCCAGAUGCUAAAAUACACCCAAUAGUUUUUAGGGACGUCUCUCAAAAGCAAUAAAUUUAACGUAAGUAAAUCAAAGGCUUACAUUUAUUUGUAUUUGUUCAUGGUUAUUAAGGAAAUUCUUAUGAUUUAAGACUGUGGAGAAAUAACAUUUCUGUAAGAUACCCUGAACAUUUAACUUUGCUCUCUAAAUGUAAUCAAGAUAAUACAGAAUAAGAUAUAAUGGCUAUGGGAGAGAAAUUGGCACUAGAAGUAAAACUUUGGAUUAAAGAAUGGUGCCCUAAAGAGAAUUUUUCUAAACUUUCCUUUAUUGGUCAUUCGCUAGGUGGUUUGAUCAUUAGAGCCUCUUUGCAAUACUUAACAAAGUACAAAGAUAAAAUGUACACAUAUUUAUCAUUGGCCACACCUCAUUUGGGUUAUUCUUUAUCUUCAAGCAAACUUGUAGACACCGGUUUAUGGGUCAUUCGUAAAUGGAAAAAAUGUAUAUGCUUAAAUUAGCUAACUUUAAAUGAUUCUCAGAAUAUUCAAGAAACCUGUCUUUACAAAUUAUCUAAGUUGGAAGGUUUAGGAUGGUUUAACAAUAUAGCCUUGAUGAGUUCCUACUAGGACACUUAUAGUCCAUUUGAGUCAGCUAGGAUCUAAAGACCAAAAGGAAAUAGUAAAGAUGUUAUAAUUACCAACAAAAUGAUUGAUAAUAUAAUGGAAACUUUAUAAAAUAAAAAAAUAGAAAGGUUGGAUGUUAAUUAUGAAUAAUCUGGAAGAUCUUUAGACGUUAUGAUUGGUAGAGCAGCUCAUAUUGCUUUCCUAGAAAACAGCGCAUUGAUCAAAUUAUCUGUUUACAGUUUCGAUGAAUUAUUUGAAUGA